AUUUUUCGUAGUUGAGAAACCCAGGCUCCUCGGUUUUGGCUCAUGCGAAUUUUCCUCCUCCUCCUGCAUGCUUCUUUGGUGGUAGCACCUGGUGCUGCUCUGAGCUCUGAGCCUUUUCCCGUUGUCGUGAGCACAUGGCCGUUCGUGGAGGCGGUGAGAGCUGCUUGGAGAGUCGUUACUGCCGGGUUCUCUGCCAUCGAUGCCGUCGUUGACGGCUGCUCUACUUGCGAGGAGCUGCGAUGCGAUGGCACAGUUGGACCCGGUGGAAGUCCUGACGAAAAUGGAGAAACUACAUUGGAUGCACUUCUUAUGAAUGGAUCAACUAUGGAGGUUGGAGCUGUGGCUGCCAUGAGAUUUGUCAAGGAUGGCAUAAAAGCUGCCAAAUUAGUUAUGGAGCACACAGAGCAUACUUUGAUUGUUGGAGAGAUGGCGUCUAUUUUUGCUAUUUCUAUGGGUCUUCAUGGACCUUCAAAUCUGAGCUCACCUGAAUCUCUUGAGAAGUGGAUUAGGUGGAAGAGGAACUCUUGCCAACCGAACUUUCGAAAAAACGUCAUUCCUACAAAUAGCUGUGGUCCAUAUUAUUUGAGCGAUGCUGCAUCAACUUUAGCUAAGAAGUCUCUUGGUGAAUUGGGGAAAAAUUUCCCUGAAUAUAACAUGCUUGUAGCUUCAAAGGCAAAUUACAUUCCCGUUGGUCAUCUUUAUCAUGACACAAUAUCCAUGGCUGUGAUAGAUAAAGCUGGAAGAAUAGCAGUUGGGACAUCAACUAAUGGCGCUACGUUUAAAAUUCCUGGCAGGGUGGGUGAUGGACCAAUUGCAGGAUCUUCUGCGUAUGCUGAUGAUGAAGUUGGUGCUUGUGGUGCAACUGGAGAUGGUGACAUCAUGAUGCGGUUCCUUCCAUGUUACCAAGUUGUAGAGAGCAUGAGACGGGGGAUGGAGCCUAAGCUUGCAGCAGCUGAUGCAAUAUCGCGAAUUGCGCGGAAAUAUCCAAAUUUUGUUGGAGCUAUCUUUGCUCUCAACAAGAAUGGUGUGCAUGCUGGGGCUUGCCAUGGAUGGACAUUUCAAUACUCUGUAAGAACAUCCAGCAUGAAAGAAGUUGAAGUCUUCACCGUGGAACCCUAGAUUUGUUGAAUUUACUUUUGAGAUCAUUUUAAUAUAAGUUUCAGUUGAUUUUUUACAUAUUGGAUUCACAAAUGCAAACUAACGGUUUUGAAACUCAACUCAAUUAAUUAUGGUCGA